AUGCAUGAAACCUGGGAUACGGCCAAGGCUGCCAUGGUAGGCGCUCAGCGUUUAUUGCGAUUUCAUGAAUUACCCCGGGAACGACAAGAAAACAAGUAUAUUUUAUCAGGCUAUCGUUUUUAUCAGUCUCACCGGGAUUGUCUUCGAUCCAUCUUCAUGCUGCACAAUGAAACGAUGAAUAUCUGGAGUCAUUUGAUAGGCUUCAUCUUCUUUUCGUUCCUCAGCAUUUAUACCUUCAAUAGCAAAUUUCCUGAAGCCACUCCGAGCGAUCGUGUUGUUUUCACCACUUUUUGUUUGGCAGCUCUCAAGUGCUUGUUUUGUUCUUCUAUUUAUCAUACCUUCAUCUGUCAUUCUCAUCACCAUGUGAAAAAUUUCACCGCCACUUUGGAUUACAUCGGUAUCGCGUUCUUGAUUACCGCUUCGAUUCUCAUCACCGAAUACUACGGCUUUUACUGCAAUCCUAUCGCUCGAUGGCGCUACAUGGUGUUUAGUGGUUUCUUGGGCACGGUGGGGACCAUUACACCCUUUUUCAAAUUUUGGGAUACACCCAGAUACAGACCUCUUCGUAUUGGUGUGUUCCUUGCCAUGGGAUUCUCGAGCCUGGUCCCUGUACUUCAUCUCGUCUCCUCCAAGGGAUUCAUGCCCACCGUCCUUUUCUUGAAACCGGCAUUGGUCAGCUGUGCCAUGUACAUACUCGGUGUCAUUUUUUACGCCAAUCGGUUCCCUGAGCGCGCGUUCCCUGGUCGUUUUGAUUUUGCUGGCAUGACCAGUCAUGCCAUUUGGCAUGUGUUUGUGUGCUUUGGUAUCUUUUUCCAUUAUAUGGCGUCGCUCCAAUUCUACGCCCAACGAUAUUCCUACGGUUGCAUGGCAACUCGCUAA